CAGGAAGCACUUGGUACAGUCUGACUGAGGGUGAAAGUAUUUAAACCUUUCUUGGAGUCAGCGCAAUCUCAUACUUGUGUGAUCAGCACUUCUGGGUCAUUAUAACGGUAAAAUCUCUAAAGGUUUCUCCCAGUCAGCCAUGGGCCGUCCUGGGGUUCAGAUGUGGUCGUGGGCACUUUGUGUCUUGUUGGGCCAGAUGUGUUUAAAGCAAGUGACAGCAGGACCGCUGUACAUGGUAGUUGUACCUGCAGUUCUUGAAGCAGGAGCUCAAACCCAAUUCUGUGCGAAUCUCCUGCAGCCAACUGAAAAUCUGCUCAUGACCAUCACCCUGACUUCUGAUGAGAAGGUCAUGACCCUCCUGAAUAAGAGGUCUAAUACGGCGUUUAAUAUCUGCACUGCAUUUAGGGUUCCUCUUGUGCAGAAAGAUGUGAUUCAGAAUUUCACGGUGGAGGUACGGGGUGGCACAUUUUACUCCCAAGAAGUCAUGAGAGUAAUGUUCAAAGUCUAUAAACCAGCAACGUUCAUUCAAACAGACAAGCCCAUCUACCUCCCUGGACAAACUGUAAAUUUCAGAAUUGUCACCCUGGAUACAAAGCUCAGACCUGUCAAUCAGCUGUACGAUACCAUAGAAAUUCAAGACGUUAACAAGAACAGGAUUGGACAGUGGUUGAAUGAAACAUCCGGUGGUAAAAUCUUGCAGCUUCUUUACCCCCUGAACUCUGACGCUCGUGAGGGAAUCUACACAAUCACUGUGUCCAUCGGUGACCAGACCGUAUCUCAGGACUUCAAGGUGGAGAAAUAUGUUUUGCCCAAAUUUGGUGUAACGAUAGCUGCAUCUGAUGAAGUUAGUGUUGGGCAGACUGAAAUCACAGCUGACGUGUGCGCAGAAUACACCUAUGGUCAGCCUGUACCAGGAAGUGUUAAAGUUAGCAUGUGCCGACCUGUGCAACAGUACUAUUACAUUCCAGUUCCAGCUGAUGUAACUGCUCCAUGCUACAAUGAUACCAAGCAGACCAACAAGACAGGCUGUGCCCGUUUCAGCUUUAAGAUGUCAACUUUCACAAAGGCAGACAAGGUGCUGCAGGAUGUGUUGGAUCUUCUUGCCUCUGUGGAGGAGGGGGGAACAGGUGUUUCACAGAAAGCAGAGAAACUGAUAACUGUUUCAUUUGUUCUUGGGAAGUUGUCCUUCACUGAGGUUCCCAAAAUUUAUGUCAAAGGCUCGACCAUUCAGGGAAAAGUUAGCGCAGUCGAUUACAGCAAUGCACCCAUUCCCAACAUGGAACUCUACCUGUUUGAGGGAGAAAUCUGGUCGCAGUCUCAGCCGCUACAGAAUUUCACAACUGAUUCAAAUGGUGUCGCCACCUUCUCAUUUAGCACAAAGGACUACAGUGGAAACAUCCACCUCUACGUAAGCAACACACCUGUCCUGACCUACCCUCCAUAUCGAACUCCGUACUAUGAAGCUGGGGACAUUACGCUGUCUUUGGCCCAACCGGUCUCUGCUGAUACUCAGACAGCCAGCUCCCUGGUGGUCACGAACAAGGAUAACCCACUUUCCUGUAAUGUAAAGGAAAAAAUCUCCAUCCAGUACACUGUGGUUGGAGAGCCCGAGGGAAACGUGUACCUGAUGUAUCUGGUUAUAUCCAGGGGAGCAAUUGCCAUGCAAGGAUUUCAGAAGAUUCAUUUGCCAAAAAAAUCAGUGGUUGAAGGUGAGGUGUCCUUUGAGCUCAAAGUAUCUCCAGAAAUGGCACCGGUGGUCCAGGUUGUAGCUUACAGCGUCCUCCCCAGUGAGACGGUGAUCGCCAGCAGUACAGACUUCACCACGGAGAAAUGCUUCAGAAACAAUGUGUCUGUAGCAUUUUUCCCACCGUCAGCAGUUCCAGGGGAGAUGACUAACCUGCAGGUGACUGCUGAUCCAGGCUCUCUGUGUGGCGUCAGUGCUGUCGACCAGAGCGUCUUCAUCAUGGAGCCAGGAAAGAAUCUGAAUGCAGAUAAGAUAUUUAAUUUGCUGCCAGUCACACAAGCUUCUUACAUCCCGUAUGAGGUUCAAGAUCCGACUGAAUGUUUGCUUCUAAGAGCAAGAAGAGCCAUUCUUCCAUACCCCAGAAGUGAUGAUGCCUUUACUGUUCUCCAGAACGUAGGACUGAAGAUGGCGACAAAUCUGUUUUUUCGGAUACCCUCAUGUAUCAAGUUCAAAGGGAGACUCUACUACCUUGAUGGAGGCAUAAGUUAUGGUUUUCCGAUGGUGGAAAAGAUGAAUUUGGCAAUGGCAGCUCCAGUUGGAGCUGUAAUGGCCCCUAAUGUUCCACUGCUUGGAGGAGCUGUAGUGGACACUAAUGCUCCACCGCUUGUUACCGUUCGUGUUUUCUUCCCUGAGACUUGGUUAUGGCAGCUGGUGGACAUUGGAAUGCUUGGAAAGAAGAAUGUGUCCCUCACGGUCCCAGACACCAUCACCACCUGGGAGACGGAGGCUUUCUGUUUGUCCCCUCAGGGUUUUGGUUUGGCCCCUCGUGAACAGAUCAAGGUCUUCCAGCCCUUCUUCCUGGAGCUCACUCUGCCCUACUCCAUCAUCCGGGGGGAGAACUUUGUGCUGAAGGCGACUGUCUUCAACUACCUCAGCAGCUGCAUUAUGGUCAGUGUAACUCCAAAACCUUCGGUUGACUACAUCCUCACGCCUCUGUCUGGUAACCAGUACUUGUCGUGCCUGUGUGGCAGCGAGCGUAAAACCUUCAGCUGGACCUUGGGCCCAAUAACGCUAGGGUCAGUGAACGUGUCUGUGACUGCCGAGGCUGUGGCGUCACUCGUUCCGUGUCAGAACGCAGCAGUGAGCCGGCCAGAAAGAGGUCGCAUCGACGUGGUCACAAAGCCUCUCAUCGUGAAGGCUGAAGGAAGCGAGGUGACUCAGACCUACAACUGGCUGCUCUGUCCAAAAGGACAGAGUUUAACAGAUGAAAAGACUGUCCAACUCCCAAAGAACAUGAUCGUUGGAUCUGCCCGUGGCUCCGUUUCUGUCCUCGGCGACAUCCUGGGCCGAGCCCUGCAGAACCUGGAUGGCCUGCUGCAGAUGCCGUCUGGCUGUGGGGAGCAGAACAUGGCUCUUCUGGCUCCUGACAUCUACAUCCUCCAGUACCUGACGGACACAAAUCAGCUGACCACAGCCACCCGAGAAAAGGCCACAAAGUUCCUAAUCAGUGGCGUCCAGAGACAGUUCAACUAUAAGGAUAAUGCUGGAGCUUACAGCACCUUUGGCUCAGGACCAGGAAACACAUGGCUCACAGCGUUUGUGGUGAGGUGCUUUGUUAAAGCUCAGUCCUUCAUCUACAUUGACCCAACGACAAUCGACCAGUCAAAGACCUGGUUGAUAGGUAAACAAAAGACAACUGGCUGCUUUGAAAUGUCUGGGAAACUCUUCCACAGCACAAUGAAGGGUGGAGUGGCUGAUGAGGUCUCUCUCAGUGCUUACAUCACUGCUGCCUUCUUGGAGAUGGACAUGCCUGUAGAUAGCCCAGUGAUGACCAACAGCCUGUCAUGUCUGCGGAACUACACUAAAAUCAAUGACACCUACACUACAGCUCUGCUGGCCUACGUCUUCACUCUGGCAGGAGACAUGGAGACUCGUUCUCUCCUUCUGCAGCAACUGGACACUGUCUCAAUAAAACAAGGAGGUUUCCUCUACUGGUCUCAGAGCUCAGUAGAAACUUCAGCCUCUCUGUCUGUGGAGAUCAGCUCCUAUGUGUUACUGGCCAAACUCAGUGCCUCACCUACAGCUGAGGACCUGGGCUACUGCUCCAGUAUCGUUAGGUGGCUGACGGGGCAGCAGAACCAGUAUGGAGGCUUCUCCUCCACCCAGGACACAGUGGUGGCUCUCCAGGCUCUGGCUCUCUACUCCGCUCUGGUGUUCAGUCCAACAGGUUCCAGCACAGUGACGGUCCAGUCUCCCAUUAGCAAGCUGACAUUUGAUGUGAACCAGAACAACAAGCUGCUGUACCAGGAGAAGAAGCUGCAGCCGAUCUCGGGAAAAUACAGUGUGACUGUGAAGGGGAGUGCGUGUGCAUCAGUACAGAUCUCUAUUACUUUCAAUGUGCCAACUCCCAGCACCGUCAAAAGUCUUAGUGUGAUGGUCAAACCAGAAUCAAACACCUGCCAAUCAGCCACCUCUAAAGUCACUCUGAGAAUUACAUCUCUAUACAAUGGAACACAAAAGGGCACAAACAUGGUGAUUGUGGACAUCACUAUGCUCUCUGGCUUUGUCCCUGACCCAGAGUCUCUGAAAAACCUCCAAACUGGCUCACAGGUGGCUAAAGUUGAACAAACACAAGAUCGGGUUGUAAUUUACAUUCCAGAGCUGUUAACGGGCACAGCAGUCGACUGCAGCCUGGAUCUUGUGGAGGAGGUGCGGGUACAGAAACGGAAGGCUGCUGUGGUCAAGAUUUACGACUACUACUUACCUAGCAACCAGGCACAGACUGAAUAUGUGGACCCUUGUGCUGCAGCUUGAAGAGCAAAGCGAGGGCUGGGCCAUUGAUUCAACUGUUUUAUGUAACAAAUAAAAUGCAUGUCCCAAUGCA